CCCACCCGCUCCCCCCUCCGUUACAGGGCAGAUAAGUGACAGGCCAAUAGUGUGCCACAGACCCUCUGUGUUACAGACCCUGACAUAACAUUCACCGUCAUCGACCUGACACGGCAGGAAUAUUCACACUACUGGAGCCCCACGCUUCUGAGGGCCUAUGAUUUUGGAUGUUCCAGGGUGCUGUUCAGGUGAAACUAGAACUCGGACAUCGUGCCCAGGUCAGAAAGAAACCCACGGUGGAAGGCUUUACGCACGACUGGAUGGUGUUUGUCCGAGGACCAGAGCACAGCAACAUUCAGCACUUUGUGGAAAAAGUAGUUUUUCAUCUGCACGAAAGCUUCCCAAGACCAAAAAGAGUGUGCAAGGAUCCCCCGUAUAAAGUGGAGGAGUCUGGAUACGCAGGCUUCAUCUUGCCCAUUGAAGUUUACUUCAGAAAUAAGAUGUUCCACUGCACCUCUCAGGAAGAGCCGAAGAAAGUGCGCUUCGACUACGACCUGUUCCUGCACCUAGACGGACACCCGCCCGUCAAUCACCUGCGCUGCGAGAAGCUCACCUUCAACAACCCCACGGAGGAGUUCCGCAGGAAGCUGCUCAAAGCCGGCGGGCAACGGGAUCCUAACAAAAGAAGUUCAGACGACUCUAAAGUGAUGGUAAUGCAGGAGGGCUCCACGUCUCUGUUUGGCCAGCACCUCAAGCUGCCCACCCUGCCCAGCAGCUCCCUGACACUGACCUUCUCUGACGCUAAGAAGAGCAAGGCCUUCCCAGGGCCAAAGGUCAGUGGUGAUCUUCAGGACGGCUCUAAAGGACCUAGUGCCCUUCUCACCACCACCACCACCACGAACAGCAGCAGCAGCUCAUCCAAGCCCCACAGACCCUCCAAGGACCCCAAGGACAAGCCUUCCAAAGAGCCCAAAAGUGCCUUUAGAGACUCUAGCCGGGAACCUGGCAAAGUCUCCAAAGACCCCUCCAAGAAGCCCAAAGAGAACCAGCCUCUUCGGGACAAUCCCCAGAUCCCCAAGAUGGGCUUCAAAGAGCCCAAGUCCAUGUCCAAGGAGCCCCGGCAGGACGGAGGCUUCUCCCACGGGCCUGGGACUAACAAGCGACCGUCUGCCGCUGACGGCGAGGAACACUUGACCAAAAAACGCAAGAAGGGCUUCUCGGAGUUGACUUUAAAGCCGUCAGGGGGCUCGUCCCUGACGCAGGCCCCGCCCCACCACUCCGAUAAGAAACUUCUGAAAGACAAAUCCCAGGUGCGGACGACUAAGCUUCGGGCGGACGGCAGUGAGGCGCCAGGGGAGCGCAGGAAGGCAUCAGCACUGACGCCGUUCCCUGAGUUGCUGGACGCCAAUGAUUCCGACAUGGAGGACAACAUGUCCACCAAAUCCGAUUCGGACCAGCCUAGUCCGGCCAGCUCCAGCUCCAGCCCGGGUUUUGCGGCCAGCCACAAACGGCAAGUGGCUGAGUUCGUCCGCAGGAAGGUUGUGGCAGUCCCUUCCACCGCCCACACAGUGUUGGGUCCUCUCCGUUCGAUCAUCCACGACCUGCACUCUGACGACAACGAGGACGAUUCAGAUGAGGACCCGGACAACGACGUGGACUCUGACCUGGAGCGGCCGAUGAUGCACGCACACAUGGUGCACCACCGCCACCGCCGCGUCAGCUUGAGUGACGGCAGUGAGAGCGAGAACAGCUCGGCCCCGUCGCCCCACUCUCGUCACGAGCCCCCGCCUCUCCUGAAGACCAGUACUACACAGAUACUGGAGGUAAAGAGCCCCAUUAAGCAAACAAAGCAGGAUAAGAAUAAAAACAUUGACUGUGACAAGGCGUAUCUGGAGGAGCUGGUUGAGCUUCACCGAAGACUGAUGACACUGCGAGAGAGGCACAUACUUCAACAGAUCGUGAACCUCAUCGAAGAGACAGGACACUUCCACAUCACAAACACCACUUUUGACUUUGACCUCUGUUCCCUGGAUAAAACCACGGUACGCAAGCUUCAGAGUUACCUGGAAACCUCUGGAACGUCAUGAGGUAUGGGAUCAGCUUUCUGCCAUGAGGAAUAACAAUGAAAGAAGAACUUCCUCUUUUUCUUUUUGUCCGUUACUUAAAACUUGAACUUUUGCGGCAUUGCAAAAACUUACCUGCAACUACCCGCCACGGCUUGGCCCUGUCCUGGGUUCUAGUGCCUGGCGGUUCUGGUCACUCCUCUGCUUGUUGGAACCUGGCUCUCCAUGCGACCAGGGUAGCCCAGGAGCGUAAUAGACCUGAAUGGUGUGCCACGUCACUCUGGACAUGAGUCCUGUCGACCAGGAAUAUCACCCUGAAAGCCUUGAAGAAAUUCCACAGUUGACAAAAAAAAAAUAAAAGGGGGAAAAGAAACAGAGACCUUGCUCUUAAAACAAAUGUGCAUAUUAUGACCAUGUAUGUACGUUGAAUUUUUUUGUUCUUUGUGACGGAUGAUGCAUGUUCAACACUGCCUUAGCACAUUUGUCAGUCUUUAUUUAUUGAGUUUGAGUUCCAGGAUAUGUGUGGUCAGUGUGAGCGCGUGCCUGUGCGUGUGGGUGUGUAGGCGUGCGCGUGUGUGUGUGUGUGUGUGUGUGUGUUAAUAAUUGCAAAAUGGAAUUAGUCUUGUGCAAGCACUUCACAACAAGCAUCUCUGGCUCGGGAAGUACGGUGGAGCAGCGCAUUGCAAUCACAACGUUGGGAUUUCAAGUGACUUCAAUGGCAAUCGGACGUCCUGCCGUGUAAGGAUAGCAUUUGUCCUCCAAAACGUAUGUUUGUUAUCAGUGCCCAAUGGUACCAGCUGAAGACAAAUCAUGGACUCAAACUGGCGCUGUUAAAGAUGUCCUCCGGGAGUUUUUGUGUAUUUUCAGCCAGUAUAGUUUUGAGUGAGACAAGACGGGUCCCUGUUUUCUGUGCACUACAUCAUUGAAUUGUUUACUAAAUCACCCUCUUUUUGUUUUUUUUGGGGCAAUUUGUUUGAGAUGUUACAAAUCCAGUUUAUAAUGUCAUACUUUUGGUGUGCUUAAGAUCCCGCAAUGCAUCUUUAACACAACUGUAUAUUCCGUUCUUGGUACCAAAACUUGAAUUGAUGUAUUGGAUAAAGACAACGCAAAUUUACAAUGUGUGCUUGCAUGUUGUUUUUGCAAGCUCUCGCUUGUAUUCCACAUUUUUUGCUUUCCACAAGUUGAAACAAAGCGAUCAAUCUAUUGUCAACAGGCCUGUGCUAAAAUGUAACCAUUUUGAAUCCUGGGAUUUUGAGGGAGAAUAUACUUUGAAUAUUAUUUAUUUCAGUGGGACUUCAAUUUGCCAAAUUAAAAAGUUGUGUUUAGGAAUUGACAAGAUGUAAGUGCUAAUAAAAAAAAGAAGAAAAAGAAGUUUGGUUAAAUUGUUAUGUUGGACAUUGUCCUCUUUGCUUAUCCGAAGAAUUGAAGUUGAUUUUGAUCAGUCUGCAGACGAUGCCUAAAUGGGAAUACCAGUGGUGGAAGCUAUUUACAGGGCUACUCAAAGGCAGAAUAUGUUGUGUUUUGCUUGACCCCUAUCUGCCUUACGAGUUCUUGUUUAUUCUUAGGACACACAAUAAACAUUCUGUAUUUUGUACAGAUGAGGACAUGUGCAACCUGUAGUGAAGAGUUAUUGGCACUGUGUGAUUUUUGAAAUUUGUUCUGUCUUUUUGUAUGUUGUUACAAUGUCUUAUUGUUGAAUGACUUACACGUCGAGAAAUGAUGACAAAAUGUAUUUCUAAGCCCAAAGAUGUUUGUUUUGUUUGGGAUAUCAUGGUAUAUUGUUUAUG